AUGAAGUUUCUUUUCGGGUACUUAACCUUCUUGGGACUUACUUUAGCUAUCGGAAGUUCUGCCGCUAAAGAUUUCCAGACCUGCUACAGCUCAAGUUUUGACGAAGGCAUAGAGGAAGUCAUGUACGGUAACUUUCUGAUGCGCACUUUUUCGUUUCCUCAUGCAGUUUAGAUGAAAAGAAGGUUACUUUCUUUCAGUUAAAAUCAAACUGUUUAACUGAAGCAGUUUAAACGUGCACCUGAUUUUGUCCCCUCGAUGGUCAUCAUCUUGACUGUGUUUGGACUUUUUAAACCUUGAUUACUCAUCAAAAAGGAUACCUUGAAAUCGAAAGUAAGAGACAAAUGCGUAAGGAUGUGGUUGAAAAUGGAUAUACGGGACACUUUAAUUUAAUUGCUGAUUCUAGAGGGGGAAACGCCUUUUAAUAUCGCUUUUUGAUAACUCAACGGAAAACUGAAUAAAUUUCAACUCAUGAAAUUUUCGCGAAUCGCUCAUUAAGCCGGCAACACACUUGGCAAUUUUAUGCGUCGAUCGCCAAAAUCGCCAGGUGUACUCGGUGCAGCGAUUGCGAUAUUCGCAAAUCGCCGCGAUCGGCGUAUAAAAUCUCCAAUAUCUGGCAUACAAGAUAUCGGCGAUUUCGUUGGCGAUCACAUGCGCCGCGAUCGGUGAGAAAAAGUCGUCAAGUGCAUCAAAGUACGUUACGCGAUUUUGAGGGUGUGCACUUCUGGCCACUCAGAUUUUUCAAAAAUUGGUUACACGCUUCAUACCACCCUUUAGGCAGUUUGCUCGUUCAUACUUUGCGUUCCAGUUUUCCCUUCGGGAUAGUUUCCCCUCUCUGAAUGGUCGUUGCGUACUCUCUAGUCUCGGUCCUACAAACGUCAAUCAAAAUGGAUUCGGUUUUUUAUUUUACCAGCAAGACUCCCCGGCCACAUGAGUACCUUACUGCCGAUUCAAUUCCAAAACAGUGGGAUUUGAGAGACAUUCCCGGGAAAGGUAACCUGGCCAGUGUGACACGGAAUCAACACAUUCCCCAAUAUUGUGGCUCCUGUUGGGCUUUUGGAUCAACCAGUUCAAUAUCAGACAGAAUCAACAUCCUACGCAAGGGAAAGUGGCCAAGUAACCUCCUGUCAGUCCAGAAUGUCAUAGAUUGCGGUAAGCAAGUUGUGGUCAAUAUAUGGGCCUAAUCUCAUACCCAGAUCCUACCGUUGAACUGUAAUUAAAAUGUUGGAUCCUCAUAACCGCUUGGCCGUGGAAGGUCUGAGUACGCGACUAAUUUGGGUCCAAAAGAAAUUUGUAUGAUAACCACAUAGCCGUUUAUUUUCUGGUCAUAUUUUAUUUUGUUUGUUGAUUUGAUUUUCACUUUUCAUAUCUUUUUGUGCAAGUACAUCAUUAUUAUAUUAUUUUUUUAUUUUUUUUUUUAUAGAACUAUGCUGCUUAGACUCAAAUGCAUGCUUGAAAAUUUAGCCAAUCAGAAUUAAGAAAGUGACACCCCUCGAUAGUUAACGACCAUUCACUGGAGUGGAGGUGGCUCGUGGUGGAUGUUUAUCGAGGCGCGAAUCUGCGAGGUAAAUAUAUCCACCACCUGCCACCGAUACUGAGGUGAAUAGUUAUUCUAGUAUAUACUAAAACAGUGGCAUAAUAUAGCUAAAAGAUUAUUUUAACUCAUUUAUUCCUGCAACGACUACAACGUUUUCGGGCGCAAAUCCUACGUGAGUCGCUGAGAGGUGAAUAGCGAAGGAUAUUCAAAGUAUGGGUGGCCAACCAGAGCGCGCCUCAAACGCUAUCUCGUACCCAGAUCUACUCCACUGUUUAAGUGUAUACUAUGUGGCAUUAAUAUACACCACUCAAGUGAAUAGUACUUUUCGUGCGCGCUGAUUGGCUCGUUCGGAAGUGAAUGGAAAGUAUCACUCACCUCCUCUUCCACUCCACUUGUUAGAAUAAUUUUCUGGUUAGUGUCGCAAAACCAAAUCCGAAGUAAUCACAACAGCAAAUCAAAAGGAAUAUAUCACUUACAGUCAAUGAGAACUAAAAAACAAAACAAACAAACAAACAAGCAAGCAAACUGAUUUAAGUGUGCGAAAACACGAGUGAGAGGCCGUGAUUGGUUUGCUCGGAAUCUGGUUGGUUCACAAAAAGGCAUUAGUUUUUUUGCAUCAAUUUCAUGGCAAAUUAAUGAAAUUUUCAAUUGAGCUUAAAAAGUAAUUUGGCAUUCCUUUGGUUUUGCUGUACCUCGCUCUGCGAUUAGUCCAUAAAAUUCGCACUAUCCUUUCAAUCAAUGAGAUGCAAACUAGCUAAAACAAAACACAACUUGGUCGCCCGCGUUUUCCCGCGCUUUAAGCAGUUUGCUUGUUUUCUUUUGAGUUCUGAUUGGCUCUUAAAGGUAUUUUCCUUUCUUCUGAUUGGUCCAUGUCAACAAUUUGGCUUUGGCUCUAUGGCACCCAUAAUAGAAAAGUGCUCGAAACCAAAACCGAAACAAUUUCGGAUUAUUUCCACCACUUAUUUGACGGUUGCUUUAUUAACAAUGAAUUAAAAAAUAAUGAUACAACAGGGAAAGCUGGCAGCUGCAGAGGUGGCGGUUCACUGAGUGUGUAUCGUUACGCUCAUGAACAUGGUAUACCAGAUGAAACGUGUAACAAUUAUCAAGCCAAAGACCAGAUAUGCACGCCAUUCAAUCAGUGUGGAACCUGUACCCCAAAAAUGCUAUGCUAUAAAAACUACACCUUAUGGAGAGUCAGUGAAUACGGUAAGUGGAUGAUUUGAAGGUGAUGACCGAUAAUUAAGCAAAUGACCUCACUUUCUAUCGGUGUACCGGUGUAAUAACCCUACGUGGGAUGUCGGGAGAACACGAAAAACGUUUGUAAAUCACGCGGCUCUGGCAAACGUUUCAAAUUAAGAUAGAAAGUGCAAACUAUUGCUUUUAUAAAAUAAACUUAAAAUGUUUCAAUUUCUGUGGGUUAACCAGUUCAAUAAACGAUAGAUUUUGACCAAUCAGGGAGGCGCCUGUAAUAUCUCAGUUUUUUUAUAAAGUAAUUAACAUAUUUGAUAACUUUUAACGUGAUAAUAACAAAUCCUCUCCGUACAAAUUCUCCCAAUGCUGUUGUAGGAGUUGUAAGAGGACGUGAGGAGAUGAAGGCCGAAAUUUACGCUCGGGGCCCUAUUUCCUGUGCUAUCAUGGCGACUAAAACCUUUGAAAAUAAGUAUCAAGGAGGGAUCUACAAAGAAUACAAUAAAUUCCUAAAGUUAAACCACUGUGUGUCAGUCGCUGGCUGGGGUGUUGAAAAUGGUACAGAAUACUGGAUUGUGCGCAAUUCCUGGGGCGUACCCUGGGGAGAGAGAGGCUGGUUUAGAAUCGUAACAUCCAGUUACCAAGGUGGAUGCCGGGGAGACUACAACCUGGGCAUCGAAACAGAAUGUGCAUUCGCCGUUCCGAUUGUGGAAGAGUACGACAUAUAA